UAAUUUCCAUCAGGCUUUAUCAGUUAUCAGUUUAAUCCGGAAUCGAGAGAUAGAAGUGCUAAGCGCAAUGUGAAAUUUAAGAACUCGAGCUGGAGUGAGAGCCUUUCGCACGGAUAAAAACGACAACGACUGCUUCUGCUUGUGCAAGCAACGGCCAUGGCUCUGUCGGAGAUAGCGGACUUUGUCGUGAAUGUGUUCCAGCUGAUCAGCUACCUGCUCAAGGUGAGCAUCUUCAUCGGCAAGGUCCUGGUGGAAGUCAUUCGUUAUGCGGCCACCCUGGUGUGGAGUGUGCUGCAAGCCAUCGGACACUUCAUGGUGGUCUUCUACGAGGACUAUUCGUACUUUGUGGAGGACUUCCGGAACGGCUUGAGCGCGAUUGCCCGGUUCGUGAUCGGAUGUUUGGUGGCCAUUUGUGAAGGACUGGUGAAUGGCGUAGUGUCCGUGGGGAAUGCCGUUGCAGCGGGGUACCAUGGAAUUGGAGAGCUGCUUUCCGGACGGUUGCUCACGGUUCCAAUCUUUACGUUCGAGUUCGUCAAACAAAUGCUGGUGCUGGUCGGUAACGGAGUUUGGUUCCUAGUUACACUGCCGGGACAUUUCGCCAAGAACUUUUGGGAAUACUUGGACGCUGGCCUCGAAGUCGUUGGACUUUUUUCAAGAGACAUUGGAGCCAAGAGUUGGGAGAUUCUGUCCCGGAUUGGAUACUAUCUGGUAAAGGAUGUUCCGUUGCAAUCUGUCGGAGGAAUCGUGAUCCUGAUAGUGGCGUACAUGAAUCCAAAAUGCAGUAAAAGAGUGGCCAACUUCUGCUUCCGAAUCCUUCGCUAUUUCUACCGGAAGCUACUGCCAUAUGGACGAGGAAUUCGCCGAAAGUACAUUCAGCUCAAGGAAAGGAUCGCUCAAACAAUCGACCUCAUCAUCUUGACCAUUCUUGCCGGAUUCCAGUUCUUGCAUAGUCGAGCGUCGCACAUCUACGACACCGGAGUCCAUCGUACAGCUUCGUUCAUCCGUAACUUUUUCACGUUGUCCAAUCGACGCCGAGUCCCAGUCGACAUCCGCGUGCAGAGACACCACUUCAGUCGCAUCGAGAACCGGCAGGACCACUCAUCGGAAUCUGAGCAUUCUUCAUCCCGUUCGUCAUCUUCUUCAUCGGACCAAUCGACAACUGGUCACGGAUCUCACCUUAAUCGCCACCGCCAAGUAUCACCAUUUGCUCAAACGAACAGCGGAAGUCCAAGCAAAAAGCUCAAUCCAGACGAUGCCUCGUCUGCCACCACCAUCGGCCUAUGCAUAAUCUGCGAGGACAACGAGAAGUCUGUGGUGCUGGUGCCGUGCGGACAUUUGUGUUUGUGCAAACGAUGCGCUGACCAGCUGGGGAACUACGAUCGCUACUGUCCCAUCUGUCGGACACUGAUCUAUCGCAAGGUAGACGUUUUUAUUUAGGCACUUAAGCAAGCAUACGAAUAGCAUUAGAGCACGCGAGGUUAGUUGGAUCGAGUAGAGUAACAAUAAUGUUCAUUGCGAAAUCAAGAAGAACAAGAAUUAGUUUUAACGUUCACAGCCAAACCGAUUUUUUGCCCAGUAGAGAAUUAGUUUUAAUUUUACAUUUUUUUUUUAAAUUUAAGCUGUAUCUGUACCUAUUGUAGAAAAAGCAAAUAAAGACACCGAUAGUUGAUAUGAAAAGUGAAAA